AUGAGGCCGAUAAUACAUCGUAGCUGCACAUCGUUCAUGAAUGUAAAAAGCGAUGUGAGAACUGGUAUUACAACUGUGGAAUUUUGUGUCGAACAUUUCGGGCAUGAAGUGGAGUGUCAGAACAGUUCUCUUGACUCUCAGAGCGGUUCCCUUGACUUGCAGGAUUGUUCUCCAGAGUCUCAGGAUUGUUCUCUCCCACUAAUCGAGGAAGAUGCAGUUUCCAAUUCUUUGGAAGUAAGAAAUUCCAGUCUUGAGAGAGUAAAAGCUUCAGCAGAGGAACGCGAUGGUGAGCUUAGGCAGUUAUAUUGGACUGCUUCCCAAGACGUUGGUCACCUUAUUAGAAAGAAAUUGAACGCGAUCAACGAAGGAUGCUCGAAACUGCAGGCGCAAGGUUCAAAGGAAACAUACCAUAGCCUGCGCAAAAUUGAUGAAAUUUUGUCAAAGGCGCUCAGCUUUAUGGCUGGCGCGAAAGAGCAGAAUGACCUUCACGAGCUCCAUCCUACGGGAAUUGUUGCAGAACAGCAACUGUCGCUGCUAAUAAGCAGUAACUCAACGAAGCUAGCAAUAACUCCACGGAUUAAUGGUGUGACGGCACUCAGAGCAACAAGUUCUCGGAUACCAUGUCAAUUAGCUCUUCCUGUCGCUAAUGGUCAUCUAAACGACGGACAUGCUGCUGUCUGCGGUAUAUGCGGACAAAAGGAACCUAUAGUUUAUGAUUCUGGAGUCCGAAGACCAAUGGUGGACUGGAUGUUAUGUGACGAAUGUGGGGCAUGGGUGCACAUGAGUUGUGCGAGAACCAGGGAAUGCUCAAAUUGCGGUGAAGGAUAUCUUGAACUGGACUAUUGUAGGUAG